AUGGAUAUUUCAUUUGAUUUUGAGUAUCAGUUGUGAGUUCAGUUUUUCUGAAAAAAAUUCUAAUUAAUUUUUUUUUCAGACGAAAAUCGAGAAAUUUUCUAGAAAAAAAAGUUGAUAGGAGAAUGAAGCAAUUUAGAAGAAUUUAUGGGAACACUCAAAUAAUUAUGAAAUUAAUUAGCUCCCCAGGAAAUCAUAAAGAUGAUCUUGAGCCUUUUGUGAUCUACUCGCUGAAUCGAAAAAAUCGCUGGAAAAUUCUAUCAGAUUUCCAGAAUUCUCUAGUUCAUCGAGAAUUUUCGGGAAUUUAUCGGGCAGUUUGUGCAAACUGUGUUCAUACUCAUUUCGAUGUUUUUGAAAUGACAAAAAUCAAAAAAAUUCCGAAAAUUUCUUCUGGAAUUUCUGAAGUUAGUUAUUAUAAUGUUAUUCAAUUACCCGAAAAUUAUCAGAGGAUUUGGGCAAAUAAGGAUAAGUCUAGUGAGUUUUUUUUGGGAAAUUUCUAAAAAAAAAUUUUUUCGCGCGUGAAAGAAAAUUGAAUAUUAACUUUUCAGCAAUUUAUCCGAGAAAGUGUCGAAAAUAUUAUAAAUUUUACAAGGAUGAAUUUGAAGAUUUCAUGGAAAAUGGCGAUUUCGAGAAAUUUCUGAGCCAGAUGAUGAGAAUCCGAAAUUUUAUGAUUUCAUGGAUUAUUUUGUUUCAAAAUCAUGA